AUGGUACUACAAGCAACUGGCACUUUCUGGAAGAAGACUCCUGGUGUAUAUAUACGACUGCGUCGACAUCCCAAGUCUCCAUCAGAACAACAAAGAUCAAACAGUCUCAUGCAAGCUAUUCGAACCUCAUCUCAACGACUACCACAAGUCUUUAGAGUCAUCCCAUCAAGAAGCAUCCACCUCACUCGAAACAAGAUGUCUCUGUUCCCACGCUUCACUCAAGAGUUCUCUCCUCUUUUCCGAAUGCUCGAUGAGUACGAUCGAGCAACAAGGCAGUUCGCCGCCAACUGGCCCAAUGAACUGCGGACAUUCCAACCAAAGUUUGAUGUCCGCGAGCUCAAGGAUUCGUAUGAGCUUCAUGGAGAACUGCCUGGCAUCGAGCAGAAAGAUAUCUCAAUAGAAUGGACGGAUGGUAACACACUGUCCAUCAGUGGACGAACCGAACGAUCGUUUGAGAGCGGAACUCGUCCAGGCACCGUUGAAGCCAUCGAAGACGCGCCGAAAGCAUCAGGUGCUAUUCAAUCCGGCUCAAGCAACGAGCAUUAUCGCAAACCAUCGGUAGCUGACGAGGGUGCAGACGAAACGUCGACGACUAAACAAGAUAGCACCGCACUCACUCAGACCAACGCUGGCGAGGUCGCCAAAUCUGAGUCUCAGCAACCAGAAGCCAAGUACUGGGUGUCCGAGCGCUCGGUUGGCGAAUUCCACCGCAGCUUCAGUUUCCCAACACGCGUCGACCACGACGGAGUCAAGGCGAGUCUGAAGAAUGGUAUCCUUUCGAUCGUUGUACCGAAAGCACAAGCUCCUAAGACCCGGAAAAUUCAGAUUGAGUAA